AUGUCUAAUAUCGUUGGAAUCGAAUAUAACAGGGUUACAAACACUACAUCUACCGAUUUCCCUGGUUUUUCCAAGGACGGUGAUAAUGUUUGGGAUAUUGAAAAGUUCAAAAAUACAUUUGAUGUUAGGAUAGGUAGCUUAACCGAAAGAGAGGCUAAUUUUGAUUUAGUUCAUGUGGAUACCUCCAUUGCCAAUGCAUUUCGUCGUAUUAUGAUUUCAGAAGUUCCAUCUGUAGCAACAGAAUACGUUUAUUUCCUUAAUAACACUUCAGUGAUCCAAGAUGAAGUUUUGGCCCAUAGAAUUGGAUUAGUACCAUUAAAGGUAGAUCCUGAUAUGUUAACAUGGGUGGAUCAUUCCCUACCAGAGGAGGAGAAAUUUACAGAUGAAAAUACUAUUGUUAUGACGUUAAACGUAAAAUGUACUAGAAACCCAGAUGCUCCCAAGGAUUGUACUGACCCAAAGAUUCUUUAUAGAAACUCUCACAUCUAUGCUCGUGAUUUAAAAUUUGAACCACAAGGUAGUCAAGUGGAGACCUUUGCCAAGUGUCCUGUGAUACCUACCGAUCCGGAUAUUCUUUUAGCUAAGUUGAGACCAGGUCAAGAAAUCUCUCUAAGGGCUCACUGUAUUCUUGGUGUUGGUAGUGACCAUGCCAAGUUCUCUCCAGUGGCUACUGCUUCUUACAGAUUACUGCCUCACAUUGAUAUCAGGGAACCAAUUAAAGGUGAAUUAGCUCAGAAGUUUCAAAAAUGCUUCCCACCAGGUGUUAUUGGUAUCAAUGAAUCUACUGAUGAAGCCUACGUGCAAGACGCUAGAAAGGAUACAGUGUCUAGGGAAGUAUUGAGGCAUGAAGAAUUUUCCAAUAAAGUUAAGCUAGGUAGAGUAAGGGAUCACUUUGUGUUUAACGUGGAGUCUACAGGAGCAAUGACGCCAGAAGAAAUUUUCUUCAAAUCGGUUAGAGUCUUGAAGAAUAAAGCUGAAUAUUUGAAGAAUUGCCCUAUAACGCAGUAG